GCUAUAAGUUUGAAAGUUUCAGUGUUAAAUAAGUUCAUACUAGAGAAAGUGGUGACAAAUGGAAUCCGGAUACAAAAUGAAGAAUUUAAAAGGUUGAGAAACUUGAGACUAUUAAGUUCAUGGCCUAAUCUUGAUGGAAUUUCUGAGAAAACUUCACUGUCCCGACUCCCGAGAAGUUGCACCCAAUUAAGAUGCAAUCUUUGGGUAAUAUAUAUCAAGUGCGUACCGCUAUCAAUUAUUGGUGAGGCAAUAAUUAAAGUGGAUGGUGAUGCAUGAUUACUUGCUUACAAGGUUGAAAACGACAGUGCAUGUACGCGUACUGUAGUUGCCAUGGUCCGGCCGGGUGCUGUUUCUUGUAGAUACCCAUAACAAAAACCCCAACAAGAAAAACACACCUCAGACUUGAGCUCACUUUAUUGACCUCAUCAAGGUCCAGUCAUUCAGCUCAAAAACAACAGCUUCUUCUCUCUGACGGAGAGAGAUACAGCAGAAGAUGGUUGUGAGUCAGUUGCAGCUGUGCGUUUUGCCACACCGGUUUCCGAGACUCAAUCCCUCUCCUUCUUCUCCAAAGAGGAAAUAUAUGCCCUGCCAGUUCUGGUGUAUCCAAUCUUCAUCUUUACAUGGGCGUAAUUUCAUAACUCCAAACAGAGGAAAAGGCAAGGUCAGGUCUCAAAAGACAGGCGAUAGACUAGAUUCCACCAUGUACAUAAAUGUUGAAGCUGAUUCGGACACUGAACUCCUUAGGAUAGAACAAGUGAAACGUUCUCAGAUUCACCAAGCAAAAGUCUUGAUGGGAUUGACGUGCUUAUAUAUUCCACUUAGACUGGCAAAGCUAAAUGUUGUUGAUACUUUCAUUAAGAUCGUCCAAGAAAGACUUAUCUGUGCUGUCCAAACUUUAGAGGCUGCCACGUUGCCUUUUGCCUGUGCUUCUAAUUCUCUGAAUAAGCCCAAGCCUCUUGGAUUGGAUGUGUUGUUGCAAUCAUGUCAAGAUGUUAGAUGGAGAUUUGAUCGAUUGAUGUAUCUUUUUAACGUCCAACUUGAGAAAAACGUUGCCACGUACUUCAUAGUGCUCCUGGUAGCAUGUGUCUCAUUUGUUAUCAUUGGUGGUUUCCUAUAUUUCAAGUUUAGGGACAGUAAAGAAUCUUUGGAGGACUGCUUCUGGGAAGCUUGGGCAUGCCUAUGUUCACCUCACACACAUCUAAAGCAAAGAACACGUAUUGAACGUGUUAUUGGUUUCGUUCUUGCUAUAUGGGGCAUAUUAUUUUACUCCCGCUUAUUGAGCACAAUGACUGAACAGUUCCGGAGUAAUAUGUACAAGCUCAGAGAAGGGGCACAAUUGCAAGUUCUGGAGACUGAUCACAUCAUUAUUUGUGGAGUGAACAGUCAUCUUCCUUUCAUACUAAAGCAAAUAAAUAAGUAUCAUGAAGUUGCUGUCCGCUUAGGUACUGCUACAGUUAGGCAGCAAAGAAUUCUUCUAAUGUCUGAUCUACCAAGAGAGCAGAUGCACAAAAAAGUUGACGAUAUUGCCAAAGAUUUUCACCAUAUCGAUAUCCUUACAAAAAGUUGUAGCCUGAGCUUAACAAAAUCAUAUGAAAGAGCUGCUGCCAACAAGGCACGUGCCAUAAUUAUACUGCCAAAAAAGGCAGAUCGGUAUGAAGUUGACACUGACGCCUUUCUAUCCGUUCUGGCUCUUCAACCUAUUCCUAAGAUGGAAUCCGUCCCCACUAUUGUUGAGGUUUCAAGUUCAAAGACAUGCGAGCUUUUGAAGUCAAUCUCAGGGUUGAAAGUAGAGCCUGUGGAGAACGUUGCAUCCAAGUUAUUUGUUCAAUGCUCUCGUCAACAAGGACUCAUAAAGAUCUACAGACACUUGCUUAAUUAUCGAAAAAAUGUGUUCAAUCUUUGCAAUUCUCCCAGGCUAGCAGGGCUGAAGUAUAGUCAAUUAGGACCUGGUUUUCAAAAGGCAGUUGUUUGUGGGCUUUAUAGAAAUGGGAAGAUAUACUUCCACCCAAAUGAUGAUGAGAUCUUGCAGGAAACUGACAAAGUAUUGUUCAUUUCACCUGUCAAUGGGGGUAAGAAGCCUCCUAUUACUAAUUCAAAUGUUAAAGAAAUAAGCGAUGCGAAUCAAAGUUUGGAAGAUGUAGAAAAGGACAGUGAUACUCAAUCACAUGCCUUAAAAUUAAGGAAAGAAAAUAUACGUCCCAAGAGAAGAGGCUCCAAGGCAUCAGACGGGACUGUAGGACCAACAGAAUUUAUACUUCUUCUUGGAUGGCGGCCAGACAUUGUUGAGAUGAUUGAAGAAUAUGACAAUUAUCUCGGACCUGGGAGUGUCUUGGAGAUAUUAUCAGAUGUACCGUUAGAUGACAGUAAUAAGGCAAGAAGAGGUGCCGGUCAAGCCAAACUAAAACAUGUGCGGGUUUCACAUAGGAUUGGAAACCCGAUGAACUUUGACACUUUAAAAGAAACCAUAAGCAAUAUCCAACAUUCUUUGAAGAAUGAAGAUAUUCCCUUAUCCAUUGUUGUAAUAUCCGAUAGAGAAUGGCUUCUUGGAGAUCCAAACAGGGCAGACAAGCAAUCCGCCUUUUCCCUACUUCUUGCUGAAAAUAUUUGCAACAAACUUGGCGUAAAGGUGCAGAAUCUAGUUACAGAGAUUGUGGACUCGAAAUUGGGGAAACAAAUCACAAGAAUAAAGCCAUCGCUUACUUAUAUUGCUGCGGAGGAAGUAAUGAGCCUCGUAACAGCUCAAGUCGCUGUGGAAAGUGAACUAAAUGAGGUGUGGAAAGACAUUCUGAAUGCAGAAGGUGAUGAAAUAUAUGUGAAGGAUAUCAGACUCUAUAUGAAAGAAGGAGAGACUCCAUCCUUCACGGAGCUUGCUGAAAGAGCUCAUUUACGGAAGGAAGUUGCCAUAGGUUAUGUGAAAAACAAUAAGAAGGUUAUUAAUCCAGUUCCCAAGUCAGAACCCCUCUCCCUUGAGUUGACAGAUUCGUUAAUAGUUAUAUCUGAAGUUGAAGGAGAACAACCGAUCGUUUUGUAGAAUGGCCUCUUGGUCUUUCACAGUUGCCUGUAUCUUUCACCCCAAUUUUCCUCUCAGUCUAACUCACUUGAUAAGUAUAGAAGCAAACAUGUUUACAGUGAGCGUGUUCUUUGAGCUUGCACCGUUAUACCAUUGGUCAGUUCGGCAAUAAAACUGCAAAUUAAUGACUACAUUACUUAGCUUUAUUGUUAUAAGAUUGUAACACUGAUGUAGGUUCAUCAUUCUUGUUA